UCUUCUUCCUUAGAACUAACGCCAUUUCUUCUGGGAUCAAAUAACGUUUGCGUCUGGAUUGCAAAGUCAACGGAAUCAUGGAAGAGGUGAAGAAGAAGUACGUGUACUCGGUGUGGGCAUUGCCCGACGAGGAAACGGAGCCGCGGUUCAGAAAGCUAAUGGAAGCUCUGAGAUCCGAGUUCUCUGGCCCAAGAUUCGAUCCUCACGUCACCGUCGUCGGAGCCACGAGUCUGACGGCAGAAGAAGCGAAGAAGAUGUUCGAAUCAGCUUGCGACGGUCUGAAAGCUUACACCGCCACCGUAGAUCGCGUCUCCACCGGAACUUUCUUCUACCAAUGCGUUUUCUUGCUUCUCAAAUCCACCCCAGAGGUAAUGAAAGCUGGUGAGCACUGUAAGAACCAUUUCAAGUGUUCCACUACAACACCUUACAUGCCGCAUCUGAGUCUGCUUUACGCCGAGUUAGAUGAAGAAGGGAAGAAGAAAGCGCAGGAGAAAGCUUACACACUCGAUAACAGCCUCGAUGGACUGAGUUUCCGGUUAAACCGACUUGCUCUCUGCAAAACCGAUACAGAAGAUAAGACUCUCGAGUCAUGGGAGAAAGUGGCUGUGUGUAAUCUCAAUCCUUGAGAAAAAUAAAAAGACUAAAAGUUGGGUUCUGAGUCUGUAGUAAAAGGUCUCAAUAUACUUUGCUUAAGAACUGUGUACCCAUCUCUUCUUUACUCAUCGAAUAAAAUUACGAUACUAAUUCGCGGCA